UCCUCUCUUUUCGCCUCCGCGCCAUGCUCUCGUAAUGGGGCAUGACCUGGACGUCACAAACACCUGGCCACAGCCCUUACUGGAGGAGCUACGUCUCGGUUCACUACCCCGAUGGGCACAACGUGAAUUGAGCUCCAGCAAGGUGCCAGUGGUGCCAGUGGUGCCAGUCAGCGUGUCUACGGCAGCAGAGUCCAAAGUGGGCUGCCUCCAGGUGCCACUGGAACCCUUGCAACUCGUUUCUGUCUCUCAAGACACUGGACCCGUCACCUCGCAGGUGCGAAGCUUGGGAGAAGAAGAGUUUCGAGAAGAUGUGCUGGAAAUCGUGGAUGGCGGGAUUUGGAAGGGCACCGCUUUAGUGGAUGCAGCGGAGCAUCUCAUUGGCUUUGUGGUCUACGGUGUGCUUCAUGGCGCUAUGUCGCUCCGCUACAUUGCCAUCAUCCCAGAAGAGCGAGGGAAAGGACACGGUCGUCGACUGGUGCAGCAUGUUUGUCAAUGCUGCCUGGAACAGAAGGUGGAAAAGUUGACCCUUUUCUCCAAGAGAGAGCUGGUCUCCUUCUACAAGGCUGUUGGCUUUACGGAGGCGCCAGAGGAAGAUGGUGAUUCGGAGGAUGAUCUUCAGGUUCCCUUGGUCAUGUGCCCUUUACAACUGGGUGCAGCCACUGGGGCUGUACCCAAGCUGCUUGAGGAACUGGAUUCGCCAUCGAAAGCGUUGGUUGGUGGCUAUCGACAGGCAUGAAACACGACGUGCAAAAGACACGUCGAGCACGUGAAACGCCCUUGUUGGCCCAGAGUACAGCAGCCAGACCCUAAAGCAGUCAGGACUGGCGCGGGCAAGCGAUCUAACUUAAUGUCCGUUUCACCGCACUUUUCCCGCUUGAGUUGUUGGGAAAAAGCUAGAAUGGCC